UACGAGACACAGGACAGCAAUCAUGGUCAGCCCAGCUCUCGCCCUCUUUUCACUAAUUCUCAACUACUUACUUUUGCUCCCCCAUUGCGCUUCUCUUUCACAUGAUGGCGAAAUUUUGCUGCAAAUCAGAAAGGGAGAUUGGAGGGACAGCAGCAAUGCUUUGAGCAACUGGAAUGAGUCUCACCAAAGUCCAUGCGCUUGGAAAGGAAUCUCCUGUGAUAAAUUCAACACCGUUACGGCUGUUGAUCUCACCGGUGAUUCCAUUUCUGGCAACUUGACUUCUGCUAUAUGUGGUCUUCCCAAUCUCAGAGUGUUGACUCUCCAAGCCAAUUCUUUCAGCGGUCCCUUCCCACGUGCCCUCCUGCUUUGCAAGCGUUUGCGGAAGCUCGAUUUGUCACUGAAUCAGUUCGCUGGAACGCUAACCAGUCAUAUCUCCCAAUUGAGUGAAUUGAGGGUCCUGAAUUUAUCAUACAAUGCUUUCAGUGGCUCCAUUCCUCUAACCUUUGGAAUGCUGCCAAAGCUGGAAGCUCUCUUCUUCCACGGAAAUAGUUUAAGUGGGCCCUUCCCUAGGUUUGUCGGGAAUUUGAAGUCCCUAACGAACUUCACGAUUGGCAGUAAUCCUCUGCGCCCUGGCGAGAUGCCAACUGAGCUUGCCAAUUUAAAUCAGUUGCAAGAGUUAGGGCUAGAUAACUGCAGCCUUGUAGGCAGAAUCCCAAAAAUUUUGGGCAAUUUAACGCAGCUGAGGUCGUUGGACAUUUCGCAGAAUCAUCUGUCGGGAGUUAUCCCGACUUUCCUGGGCAAUUUAACACAGCUGAAGUCGUUGUGUUUGUGGCAGAACAAUCUCUGGGGCGAUAUCCCGGCAUCCUUGGGCAAUCUAACGCAGCUGGAGGAGUUGGAUAUGUCACAGAAUCAACUCAGGGGUGAUAUUCCGACCAGCUUAAUGGCUCUCUCAAAUUUGAGAAUACUGUAUCUCAAUGAGAACAACUUGUCUGGACGAAUUCCGGCGACCAUUGACAAACUGACGAGCUUAUCCAGCUUGGACUUUUGUGCCAAUCAGCUUCACGGCACAAUUCCUCAAGCGAUUGCCAAUCUUACAAAUCUGAAUCUUCUUCAACUGUGUUCCAACCGGCUCACCGGGACGAUACCAGCUCAGCUCGGAAAGCUACGUUACUUGAGUAACUUGAUGCUCUACGACAACAAGCUCAAUGGCUGGUUGCCCCAGAAUUUGGGUACGUACUCAAACCUCAUUGUAGUUGAUCUGACGAGAAGCGGGUUGGAGGGCCCUCUGCCAAAGAAUCUGUGCAUGGGAGGAGUGUUGUAUGGCUUCGAAACCACCUCAAACAAUUUCAGCGGUUCUCUACCCUCUUCCUUUGAAGACUGUAAAUCUCUACGGUAUCUGUACGUCGACAACAACCAGCUGAGCGGCGAGAUUCCUACGGGGCUAUGGGGUGCAGUCAACCUCCAGGGAUUGUUUUUAAACAACAAUAAGUUCCAAGGCAAGAUUUCACCUGCAAUUGGCCAAGCGAAGUUCCUGAGUCGAUUGAAGAUAAGCAACAACCGGUUCGAAGGAAGAAUCCCUGCGCAAGUUGGACAGCUGACAAAUCUUCUGAUAUUUGAAGCUAGCAACAACCGCUUGUCAGGCCCCAUUCCCCCCGAGCUCCGGAGCUUAAUUCUGGUAAAUAUUCUUAAGCUUGACCAUAAUUUUCUGUCAAAUGAGAUUCCCAAGGACGUAAUGUCGCUAAAGAAACUCAGUCAGCUCAAUUUGGGUCACAAUCAACUUACAGGCAAAAUCCCUGCAUUGUUGAUGAGAGACAUGAAUAGUCUGGAUUUGUCCAACAAUUUACUUUCUGGAGGGGUUCCUCCCGAGUUGGGACUAUUGAAACUGGAUUCUUUCAAUGUUUCCAACAAUCACUUGUCUGGACGCAUUCCCGACAGUUUCGACAAUCCCGCUUACAAGAAGAGCUUUCUGGGCAACCCGAUCCUAUGCGGAGGUCGGAAUUUGAUGCUACCUUCGUGUUCGUCUCCGUACAAGUUGCCACCUCAGAGUUUGGCUACUAUCCUGUUGCCACCUUUACUUAUAGUAGCCGUGACCUUGGGCUGCCUUUAUAUGCGUCUCUCGUCUUUCAGGAAGCCACGUGACGGGCCAUCGUGGAAGAUGACGCCGUUCCAUUCGACAGAAAUGGACGAGAGAUACAUCGUCCGCAAUUUGAAGGAGAGUAACGUGAUUGGAUCUGGAGGUGCCGGAAAAGUUUACAAGGUCAUUCUACAGAACGGGCAAGCAGUAGCGGUAAAGAAGAUCCGGAACAUCAACAGAUCGGUUGGAAAUUUCAAGAGAAAAGGUGACGACGAAGAAUAUAAAAUGGUGGAAGUGGAGGUGGAUACUUUGGGAUUCAUCCGGCACACCAACAUCUUGAAGCUUCUCUGUUGCAUUUCAAGUGAAGAAUCAGAUUUCAAGCUCUUGGUAUACGAGUUUAUGCCCAAUGGCAGCUUGUUCGACCGUCUGCACAGUGGCCCAGGACCACAAAUGGCGGGGGAAUGGCCGAUACGUUAUAAGAUCGCUCUUGGUGCAGCUCGUGGGCUUCGUUAUAUGCAUCAUGAUUGCUGCCCUCCAAUAUUGCACAGGGAUGUGAAAUCCAGUAACAUCUUGCUGGACGCGGAUUUGGAGGCCAAAAUUGCAGAUUUUGGCGUAUCCAGAUUGCUUGAUAGCUUGGGCAAAGAUCAUUCAGUGUCUGGCUAUGUGGGCUCGCACGGAUAUAUAGCGCCAGAAUAUGCGGAUAGGCUAAAGGUGAACGAGAAGAGCGAUGUAUACAGCUUCGGAGUGGUGUUAUUAGAGCUAGUCACCGGUAUGAAAGCUACGGGUGAGGCGGAAUAUGGAGAGGACGGAGACAUCGUGGAUUGGGUACGCAACACGAUAUGCAUGGGCGGGGGAAAGACGGAAGUGCUGGAUGAACGCACGGUUGAAGAUAGUUGCAUAGAACAAAUGUUAUGGGUAUUACAUGUGGGUUUGGUUUGUACGAACAGAGUGCCAUAUCAGCGGCCAUCCAUGAGAGAAGUGCUGGACAGGUUACAGGCAUGCGGCGGGGACAAUCGCAAGCAGACAGUUGUGCGUCUGGAAAGAAUUUCCAGUAGCCUCUCGGAGAGUGAGAACGAAAUGGUUUACUUUUCAGAUCAACCGAGCUAGAAAACAGUGUUGCCUUUUGACGUCUGAUCUUACUUGGACUUGUUUUGUCUUAUAAUGAAAAAAAGCAUAUGAGCGUUUAACACGCUUGCAAUGUAGGAAUAUAAGAAUAGGACAGUUCUCA